AUGGCGUACGUCGCAGACCUUUCGUUCCUCACCGACCCGACCCGCCUCAUCAGCGGAGGGCAGCCAGUUCUCUGCGACGACGAAGAAACCACUCGAGAGGACUUGGCACAGAUGCUUGACGCGGGCAAGCGUCUCCAUUUUUCUCUUCCCAAUGUGCAAAAUCCGGGCGCAUUCGCCUCCAGCUUGUUCAAGUCGCCGUCGACAAUCACGUCGAUUGACUUCUCCGCAGUCCAGGGCUUCUGCCCGCCCUCCGCGACUGCAGGCGCGCCAGCCAUGACGAUGAAGAAGGGAACGACGACGCUCGGAUUCGUGUACAAGGGCGGUAUCAUCCUGGCGGUGGACAGCAGAGCCUCCAUGGGAACGUACAUCAGCAGCCAGAGCGUCAUGAAGGUCAUUGAGAUCUCGGACAUCAUUCUCGGCACCAUGGCCGGGGGCGCGGCGGACUGCAGCUACUGGGAGCGCCACAUGUGGCUCCUCUGCAGGCUCUUCAAGCUCAGAAACGGCGAGCCUAUCCCGGUUGCAGCUGCCUCGAACAUGCUGGCGAACAUCUUCUUCCACUGGAGGGGUUACGGCCUCUGCUGCGGCACCAUGAUUGCGGGCUGGAACGAGAAGGACGAGAAGCCGGAGCUGUACUUCGUUGACGACAAGGCGACGCGACUGAAGGGCGACCUCUUCUCGUGCGGCAGCGGCAGCACCUACGCGUACGGAGUCCUUGACACGGAAUACAAAUGGGACUUAACUGACGAAGAAGCUGUCGAGCUCGGCAAGCGGGCGAUUUACCAAGCGGCGCAUCGCGAUGGAGGCUCGGGAGGUGUCGUGAGAGUCUUCCACAUCUACCGCGGCGGAUGGAAGAAGGUAAUUCCGGGCAUGGACGUCAGCGAACUCCACUACGAAUACGCGGAAAAGAAGGGCAUGCCUGGCUACGAACUCUAG